UAUGUGUACGGCACAGUCGUACUGCUGUGUGACUGCUAGCUCGAAUGGCAUGCGAACUGGCAUCUGAACUGACAUCCAAAAUGGCAAUCCACCAGCAUUCGGAGCAGUCUGAUUGCAUAGGCACAUCCACUUGUGCCCCCAAUGAGCUAAACCCUCCCCCCCUCCCUGCAUCUUGUUCGAUGCAUAAAGGAAAUAUUGUAAUGUGCAAAGUCUGUUGCACAUAAUCAUCAUGUGCACUAGACAUGAACAUUGUGCAAUCACACCAAAUACACCAUAUGUCACAGCGAGUCAGCGUGUUUCAGUGACGCGUUGACGCACACUGCAGUCGUCUGGAUGGGGUCUAAUAGUCAUGAUGACAUGAUAAUUCAGAUGAAUCCUCUGACACAUGAGGUGGACUGACAAUGGAUGUGUGAUUACAUGUUCAUUCUGGACGUACUACCAUGAUCACAGGCACAGCAAGUCAGUGUGUCUCAGAGCCGCGCCACAUAGCACAUGGCUGAACAGGCUGUUACAGCUGUAUUACACAUCAUAAAACUGUUACAACAUCUGACCCAUAUUUAAGACUGACAUCGCAACUGUAUUAUGGAGCCAUCACAGUAUGAAUAUGAUGAAUAAUCUCCUUUGGAACAGCACCAGAUGGAACCGCUCGGCACACACCAGGCAGCCUGGACUGAGAGGCGCAGGAGUGCCAUGGGUUGAACAGUCUCAAGGAACAAUGGGAUGCUUUGGAUUUCUCAAAGCCAUGAUGUUCGCUUUUAAUGGCAUUAUCUUUUUGGUGGGUGUUGUCAUCCUGUCUGCUGGGAUUUGGGUGAAGGUGGACAGUGGCUCCAUUCUCAGCUUGGUUGAAAAAAUUGAGGAUGCACCUGCAGGUCUCAGUGAAGUGCUCAAAGUGGACGUCCUGCUGAUUACAGUAGGCGCACUUAUGCUCAUCAUUGGAUUUCUCGGGUGCUGUGGAGCUGCUAAAGAGAGCAAGUUGAUGCUGCUGGUGUUUUUCGUUAUUGUCACCCUGGUCGUCUUAGUUGAGGUGGCUGCAGGACUGAUGCUGCUGGUCAAACCCUUGGCAGAGGAAUGGAUUGACAACUUGGGCGCCAAAGCAGUUCAGAGCAUCAAGAAGGACUUUGGAGAUAAUCAUGACAUCACAGGACUGUGGAACAUCACAAUGUUCGCGCUUGGAUGCUGUGGAUUCUACAACUACACAGACUUCACUAACUCUCCGUACUACAACACCUACGCCAACACCUACCCUCUGCAGUGCUGCUCAAACACUGUCUACCCUUGUACUUCUGCUGUGGCCAGCAGCAUGACUGUGAUUGGCUGCUUCUCAAAGUUGUACAAGCUAAUUGAUGACAACAUUGUGAUUACUGUGGCAGUGGUGAUGACACUCAUGGCUGUGGAGAUUUGUGCCUUGGCUGUCUCCAUGAUCCUCUACUGCCAGAUAAAAUUGAAGAGCAUGAAGAGGAGGUAGAGAGAGCUUUUGGAAGAGUUUAUUAAUCUUUGGAACCCUUAGAGUAUGAAAAAACUGCACUGUUACUGUCCAGACAUGUCACAUCAUUGACAGCUGGUCUUUGUUUAAAUUGUUAAAUAUUGUUAAAUAUUGUUAAACUGUUAGACAGCUGUUUUUUGUUUAAAUUGUUAAAUAUUGUUAAAUUGUUAGACAGCUGGCCUUUGUUUAAAUUGUUAAAUCUUGUUAAAUAUUGUGACAUUGUUAGACAGCUGGUCUUUGUUUAAAUUGUUAAAUAUUGUUAAAUUGUUAAAUAUCACAUUAAAUAAGUUCA